UGUGUGUGUGGGGCUGCCCGCCGUGUCCGUCACUGCCCCCGUGUCCAUCACUGACCCCUGUGAGGUGGCCGGGGCGAUGGCCGCGGAGGCGGUGAAGGUGGCCGUGCGCUGCCGGCCGCUGAGCGGGCGUGGGGCGGCCCUGGGGCUCCGGGCCAUCGUCGGCUGGACAGCGCGGGGCCGGUGCCUGGUGCGGAACCCCGCGGAGCCCCCCCGGCCGUUCUCCUUCGACGGGGCGUUCGGCGGGCAGCGCAGCACCGAGCACAUCUACAACGAGAUCGCCCCCCCGCUGGUGGAGGGUGUCAUGGAAGGCUGCAAUGGCACCAUCUUUGCCUAGGGCCAGACUGGCAGUGGGAAGUCCUUCACCAUGCAGGGAGUUGCAGAUCCUUCCUCACAGAAAGGGAUCAUUCCCAGGGCAUUUGAACACAUCUUUGAGCCUGUACAGUGUGCUGAAAACACCAAGUUCCUGCUGAGAGCCUCCUACCUGGAGAUCCACAAUGAGGACAUACGAGACCUUCUAGCAGCUGACACCAAGCAGCAGCUGGAGCUGAAGGAGUGCCCGGAGCAGGGGGUGCACGUGCAGGGGCUGUCCCUGCACAGCGUGGCCCAGUGUGAGCAGCUGAUGGCAGGCUGCAGGAACAGAGCAGUGGCCUUCACCCUCAUGAACAAGGGCUCCUCCUGCUCCCACUCCAUCCUCACUGUCUGCAUGGAACUCUGCGCCCUCGAUGAGCGAGGGCAGGAUCACCUCAGGGCUGCCAAACUCAACUUGGUGGAUCUGGCAGGAAGUGAGAGACAGGCAAGGACUGGUGCUACAGGAGAGAGGCUCAAAGAGGCCACCAAAAUCAGCCUUUCCCUGUCUGCCCUGGGCAACGUCAUCUCGGCCCUGGUGGAUGGCAGGUGCAGACACAUUCCCUACCGAGACUCCAAGCUGACCAGGCUGCUCCAGGACUCCCUGGGGGGGAACAGCAGGACCCUGAUGGUGGCACGCGUGUCCCCGGCUGAUGACAGCUGCGAAGAAAGCCUCGGCACCUUGUGUUGCACCAGUCGAGCCAGGAACAUCAGGAACAAGCCCUGCAUCAGUGAGGACCCCAAGGACACCCUGCUGAGGGAGUACCAGGAGGAGAUUAAGAAGCUGAAGGCCAUUCUGGCUCAACAGAUGGGCACGAGUGACUUGUCAGGGCUUCUACCUGCUGAGGCUGCUCACCUGGGAGCAAAUCCAGCUCCCUGCCUCAAACCCCAGGUGGAUCUGGAAGCAGAGAAGCAGCUGAUCAGAGAAGAGUUCCAGGAGAGGCUCACCCAGCUCCAGGCCAGCUCCCAAGCAGAGCAGGCGUCCUGCGCCCGCCCGGAGAAGGACAUCAGCAGCCUGAGGGAUGACUUUGAUCUCAAGGUGUCUGUUCUCCAGGAUCUCCUCAGGAAGGAAGCAGCUGACACACGGACUAGAACAAUUUCUGACCACACACUUUCAUAUGAAGAUGCUGUUGCUGCAGCACAUGAAGAGCCAACAUCAGCCCAGGACCCAGCUGGGACUGUCACAGACACCAGUGGGGUGAAGGGCAGUGCUGGAGCAGUGGGAGCUGUCACUGCCCCGGGGAUUUCCCUGCCUGCAGACCAGCAGCUGGUGCUUGCCAGGCUGCAGGUGCUGGAGCAGCAGGUGGUCGGGGAGCAGGCUCAGAACGAGGACCUGAAGGAAAAGCACGAACGCCGGAAGAAGCACACGGACGAGCCGAGGCUGCAGCUGGCCGCCCUGCAGGAAUCCAGCGAGGACAGCAGCGAGCCGGCUCUCCUCAACGUCUGCGACUCCAUCCAGGAGGAGGUUCCAGCCAAGAGCAAGGCGCUGGAGAAGGUGAGGGAGCAGCUUUUGUGUCCAGAGACCGAGAUCAAAGACCUGCAGCUGGAGUUUGGGCUGGAGAAGAUGGAUUACCUGAGCACCAUCCGGCGCCAGGAGCGAGACCUGCAGCUCUGCCAGCAGCUGCUGGAUCAGGUGCAGUCCCUUGUGCAGCGGGACUGCAACUACAGCAACCUGGAGAGGACCCGUGAGCCCGUGUGGGCCGAGGAGAGCGGCUGCUGGAGAAUUCCAGAGCCUGUCACUCAAAGAACCCACCGGCCCGCAGCGGUCCCAGCCCUGCCACAGCCCAAACCUGGCCGGACAAGCCCCUCGAAUGAGAGGAGCCAGCGCGUUUGCCACCUGCAGCCCGAGGAAGACCACUACAGGCUGGUGCUGGACAGGAGCGACAGCGAGACCAUCGCCAGCAACUACUUCCGAUCCCGGCGAGCCAGCCAGAUCCUUCAGCUGGACCAAGGUAAUGCCCUUUUCCCAGAUAUUGCCGGCACUCUUCAUUUUCCUCCCUUUCCUUGAGAAACCAAACGGCAACCCACCCAGGAUCAACUCUGCCUCAACCCCUUGACCUCUCAGGGGUUUCUCGCAGGACGCAGCCGCAUUUUGGCGUCCUGCACUGACCCACCACAGCCCCUUCCUCUCCUCUCGCAGCUCCCGCGGGUUCCGAGGGGGCUGCGGGCAGCACCGGCACCGCGCCCCGGGCCCGGCCCUUCCGCCUGCAGUCCCUGGCGCCCAGCGCCGACACCAAGCGCAGGAAGGGCAACGCCAGCUCCAGCGCCCGCCGCUUCUGACCCACCGCGGGCAUGGGCGGCCCGGGCCACCGCGGCCGCCGGCGCCGCGCAGGAGGGAGGGGACGGCGGCGGGGCCCCCCCUUGUCCGCGGCGGCCGCGCUGAGUCGCGAUAGCGCUGUCGCGACAGUGA